ACUUUCCUACACUCUCUGGCCAUUCACUCUUCAUUUUUGAGAGUGGUUUCCUCUGCAACUGCUUUCAUUUUCUCUUCCAGUUUUCAAUGGCUUUGAGCACCCACAGAGCCUCCUCAUCUCUUGCUUGGGCUGAACCACCUCCCCGUUGGAAUUACGAUAUUUUCUUGAGUUUCAGGGGUGAAGACACCCGCACGGGUUUCGUCUCCCAUUUAUACCACGAGCUGCAGUACCGGCAAGUAUUCAAGACUUUCAAGGACGACCGAGUGCUUGAACUCGGAGAUAUUAUCUCUCUGGAGCUCUUGAGGGCAAUCGAACAAUCACAUCUCGCCAUCGUUGUUCUCUCACCCAACUAUGCUUCUUCCACUUGGUGCUUGGAUGAACUUUCCAAAAUUAUCGAGUCCAUGGAAACCGAAAGUAAGAGAAAGAGAAUUCUGCCGGUUUUCUUUAAUGUGGAACCAUCCGACGUUCGAAAUCAGACAAAGAGCUUUGAUGAAGCCUUUGCUAAGCAUGAAGCAAAGUUCGGUAAGGACUCAGAGAAGGUGAAGAAGUGGAGAGCAGCUUUAAGAGAAGUGGCAGGUCUCACCGGAUGUGAUUUAAAGGAUAAAUCUGAAAGUAAGCUUAUAGAAGUCAUCGUCAAAAGUGUGCGGGAGAAAGUGCUUCCUACGAUCACAUUGUCAGAUUCCGGAGAAAAGUUAGUCGGAAUUGAAUUUAGACUUAGGCAAAUGGGUUUGCUUUUAGCUCCUGAGGAAAAGGAUGUUCGAUUUAUAGGAAUAUGGGGUAUGGGUGGAGUGGGUAAGACUACCCUUGCUGAGCUAGUAUAUAAGAGAUUUGCUCAUGAUUUUGAUGUGGCGGAGUUUCUUGAUGUCAGGAAUAAUCAUGGUCAACUAGUCAAUCUUCAAAAACAGAUUCUUUUCCCAGUCUUGAAGGAAAAUGUUUCACAAGUUUGGGAUGUUCGUAGGGGAAAGAAUUUCAUUAGACAAUGCAUGUCUAAUAAAAAGGUCCUUCUUGUUGUUGAUGAUGUUGAUAGCUGCUGUGACCUCCUAGAAAAAGUGGCUGGAGAUGAAUCUUGGUUUGGCGAUGCAAGCAGAAUCAUUGUUACAACUAGAGAUAAACGUGUGCUCGUCGAGAAUGAUAUAAAACUAUCAGUUGGGCUAGUGGGGCUAAAUGUCCAUGAUGCUCUUGAGCUCUUUACUCACAGUGCCUUCAAAAAAGAUCAGCCCGAGGAAGGGUUUUCAGAGCUGUCCAAGUGUUUCAUAGAUUAUGCCGAAGGGCUUCCGUUAGCUCUUAUAAUUCUUGGAAAAUCUUUGUACAAAAGAGAUCUAGAGACAUGGAGAAGUGCAUUGGAGAUACUAAAGAGAAUUCCUAAUCGGACAAUUUUGGAUUCGCUCAAAUUAAGUUAUGAUGCGCUGGAUGAUUUGCAACAGAAGAUUUUCUUGGACAUUGCAUUCUUCUACAAGGGGAUGGAAGAGGGGCGAGUUAAUCAAAUGCUAGAAUAUUGUAAUGGCUUUAAUUGUCUUUUUGUGACAGAGGUUCUCAUCGAGAAAUCUCUGAUAACUAUUGAGCUGCGUCCCGACUUUAUUGAGAUGCAGUACGCCGACAGGGUUGGGAUGCAUGGUUGGGGACACUACAAGGUUGAGAUGCAUGGUUUGGUACAAGAAAUGGCACGGAGAAUUGUUCGUGAAGAGUCUGAAGAACCCGGUCUUCGCAGCCGUUUGUGUAAUCGUGAUGACAUCUUUGAUGUAUUCACGAGAAAUACGGGAACAGACGCAAUCAGAGGCAUCCGCUUAUGUUUACCUAGUUUAGAAGAGGCAGGUUCAAGUUGGAACAUUGAAUCCUUCUCUAGGAUGCCCAAACUGAUGUUUCUUGAAUUUGAUAAUUUAAUAAUUGGUUCAGACCCCAAAUUCCUCCCAAAUUCCUUGAGAAUUCUCAUAUGGAAUUGGUAUCCUUCCGAAUCUCUUCCAGCUAGUUUCCGGCCAAAUAGUCUUGGUGAACUGAAGAUGCAAAGAAGCAAUCUUGUCCGGCUUUGGGAUGAAAGACAGGACUUGCCUAACUUGAAAUGUAUGGAUCUUAGUGAGUCCAAAAACUUGAAGGAGACCCCAGAUUUCACAGGUAUUCCGAAUCUUGAGGAGUUGAAUCUUACAAAUUGUGACAGUUUGGUUGAGGUCCACCCAUCCAUUGCAGUCAACAAAAAGCUUAAACGGCUGAUACUCGAGCAAUGUAAAAAUGUCAACAGUUUACCAAGUAAGAUUGAAAUGGAUUCUCUCGAGGUUCUCAACCUUGCUUACUGCUCAAAAGUAAAGAUUCCAGAAUUUGGAGAAGGGAUGAAAAAUUUGUCAAUCCUUCUCGCACCUGGGACCGCCACUGAGGAACUGACUUCAUCUAUUGAACAUCUGGUUGGCCUAACUAGACUGAACAUAUCUGAUAGCAAAAGUCUCCAGAGUCUUCCGGGUACCGCAAUUUUUAAACUGAAGUCUCUUGAAGAACUCUGUAUGGGAAAGUGCCCAAAAAUUGUAGAAAAUACGGGGGAGACAGGGUGUUUGAAGCUUCGCAUGUCCAAGGGUUUAUUUAAAAGAGAGAGUCCAGAGCGUGCGUGCUUGGCGUUGCCAUGUCCAAGGGCUUUACCGUCUUUGCGUUGGUUAGAUCUACAUGAUUGUAAUCUUUGUCGAGGAGUUAUCCCCAACGAUAUUGUCUACUGCUUGCCGUCUCUAGAAGGCUUGAAUCUUGCUGGAAAUAAUUUUGUUAGUCUUCCUGCGAGCAUUAAAUGCCUUUCUAAGCUUCGGUUCAUUAAUUUAUCGAGGUGCAAAUGGCUUAAACAAUUACCGGAUCUCCCAUCGAAUGAGCGAUUAGCUGUAUGGGCAGACAAUUGUGAUUCCUUAAAAAUGCUGUCAGAACCAUUACAGCGGGUCAGAUUCCCCAAAUUGCAGAGAUUUUGUUUAAUAACUGUCAAUUGCUUUGGAUGUCAAUCAGGCUUCAAUAGUGAAAUAUUUUCAAUGCUAAGGAGAUUGGCCGCUGAGGGGAUCCCUCGAUAUUGUUUUGAUGAUUAUACGAAUUUAAGUUUUCGAAGUAAAAUUUGCAAGUGGUUCGAUAUUUAAAGCGAGGGAGAUUCAUUGACUGUGAAGCAGCCUCUGGAUCGGGAAUCAAGUAGCUCAGAGUGGAUCGGCAUUGUGUUUUGUGUUGUUUUUGCCGAUCUGAGAGAUCCUGCCACUAUUGAGUUCUCUAUUGCAUGUGAGAGAUGGUCCCAUGAGCGUAUAGAAGACCCAAGGCAUAUGAUGGGAGAUCAUCUUUGGGUGAUUUUCAUGCCUCGCCGUGAAAGCCUGGAUACCACAAGCUACUCUAUUAGGUUCAAUCGUUCGAUUAAGGAGAUUCCAUGCCCGAAUGGUGUGAAGAGGUGUGGGGCCCGAUUGUUGUACGAGCAAGAUUUGAAAAGCCUCCUCCUCGAAUCUCCAACAAACAUCUUAAAGCGGAGUCGUGAAUAUUGUGACUCGGAGGAGAUAAGAGGCAGGGGAAGGUCCAAAUGUAAUUGCAAGUGGUAGCCCUAACAAAGAAUCAUUUUUCAAAAGACUCAAGGCAUGAAUACUAAUCGAUCUAUAGGGAGGAACUACCCCUUUCUUGUUCUGAUUCUCGUACAGCUGGGCUGCUAGUGAUCUCUUUGGCAACAAUGGUCUUCCGCUAUUCUUCCUUCGGAGUACUUGACAAGCACAUCUUGCCUCCGUUACGAUGCCAUGUUGGUGUUGUGAAGACGAGGCUGAUCAAGGUGUUGCUUCGAUUGGUUUGAGAUUUCUCUUCCAUAUUCCUUUUCAUUUGUUGUCCUCAUUCCUUCUACUGCUCAAAUUCAUUCCUACCAAUAGUAAAUUAUUGUUGCAAUUUUUAGUGUCCCGUAAAUUAAUUUUCUAAGAGUAAUGAGUCGAAGACUAGAAGUUGAAGUCUAAAACCAUGAACCAAUUCAUUACUUUCUACGUUCUCUUCCACGAAAUGUUAAUGCAUAUUGCCCUAGAGAUAUCAUUACUUUC